GGUUGCCAGAAUAUGACCUGAAAUUAGACGAGUUGGCAUUACAAAAUAAAGGCCUAAAUUAUUUCGGGGUAACACGUCUGAAAUGUGUAAUUGUGUUUUUGGUUAAGGUGCGAGGCUUAAGGCUGAGGAUGAAGAGCCAUUUAUUUUAAGUUUUAUCUUCUCAGUUAAUCUUAUAUUAUGACAUACUGUAGCUUCACUUUUGCUGGAGAACUGUUCAUGGUCAACGAUGCUUUUAAUUUGAAAGUCAUGAGCGGAAUUCCCUCAAUCGUUAUUCUCGAUUUAACAGUUCUGACAAAUAACUGCAUCCUACCACCAAAAGUGGACGAUUCACUUUAUAGCAGCAGGGCUGGAAUAAGGAUAAUUGUGUGGAGUUGGAAAAGUUCUGUUAAAUAAGCCUACUUCAAGAAAAUAUUUAGUCCGGCGGUAAAAAGUUAGUUUACUUAUUAAUUAGUUUACUCUGAAAGCACAAGCUGUUGCAUUAUGGACCCCAGUAAGUUUGCGAGCGCUCCUCCAGCGGGAUGGGCUGAUGAGAAAUCCUCUAUGGGCCAUGUGCCCCCUCCGCCCUACCAGGAUCAGCCGCACCCGGGAUACCCUCAGCCCGGCCCGGAAUACUCACAGAACCAGGGCUAUGGACCCCCACCGCAGUAUGGCGGUGCACCCGGACAACAGCCGUACCCCAUGGGUCAGCCGUACCCCAUGGGUCAGCCGUACCCCAUGGGUCAGCAGUACCCAGGGCAUCAGGACUUGGUCACUGUCCAGCCCACAGUCUACGUGACUCAAGUCCCGCUGCCUAACCCUGUCAACGACUACUUGUGUUACUCCAUCUUCACCCUGGUGUGCUGCUGCCUGCCGCUGGGAAUCGCUGCCCUCAUCUACUCCAUCUCAGCCCGUGAAGCCAACCACACCGGGAAUCAGCUUGCGGCGGAGCGUAGCAGCAAGACGGCCAGGACACUGAACCACGUGGCCCUGGGUGUCGGCAUCGGGAUUGUCAUCCUCAUGAUUGUCUUCUCUGCGGUUGUAAAUAAUUAAUAAUUUCCAUUCUCAUUCUACAUCGGUAAUCAAACUCAACCAGGUACAUAACUGGUCAUCGGAAAGAGUUUUCUAUUGUUUUUUUAAAUGGGUAAACUUGAAGUCAUCCGACUGAAAGUUAUUGAUAAAAUAAUCAACCAUAGAUGGCAAUGUAAUCCAUUACUCUCCAACACUGUAGCGAGUAGCCACUACAACUUUCCAAAAAUGUAUAUUUCUUCAACAUUAUUUGUUUGAAAUAUUUUCAACUUUGAUGCCUUAAGAGUUCAGCCUUAGGUCAGUCUUGCUCCAACACACAUAUAGACGUUGACUCAAGUAUUAUCCGAAGAGUUUUAUAUUUUAUGUUUGAAUAGCAAAUGAUUAUAAUUAUACAAUUUGUAGUGUGUCAAAUCUUAUUUUGAAUUUUGUCCCAUUUUACCAUUGAAAGAUAUUUGUCUGAUUGUACGAUUGUCGAAAUAUUGCUGCCCUUUUAACAGAAUUGUAAAUCACCCGCUAACCCUCCUAAAGGUAUGCUAACAUAGUAUAAGAUUUUAAAAAACUAACCAAGGAUACUUUAAAAAUAGAAUUGUCUUUGUUUAGCUCAUGCUAAAUGAGUAAAAGAAGAAAGGUUGAGCCUUUGUGCAUCUAAUCUGAGAGUGCACACUACAAAGUCAUCUACGCUUUUUCCAGUUAGUUCUGAAUUGCACCAAAGCCCUCUGUUUAAUUACAGGAAUGCCCAGCUUCACACAAAAUCACGCUUGGCAACAGCGCAGCCAAUAUGGCUGACACAGCCAGUUGUUCCAUCAAUGGCUCUGGCUCUGUUUUAAAAACAUAGUGUGAUAUGUAUGGUGUUAUUAGUCAUGUAAAGACUAUGUUAUUUUCUUAACCAAAUUUGUAUACCACAUUUAUUUUAUAAAUAAAGUAUAUUGAGAGUA